UGCUUUUUAACUCUUCAGGAGGAUUAAACAGUUCCUGAAUCUCCACUGGCUGCGCGCGGUGCGCUCUGGACGCGCGCAAAAUGUCCAACAUGUAAUCUCACCAAGUUUGGACUGAAGUAACGAGGAGUUUUUUUUGGAAUAUUGUGUAAAUCGGGGCUUUUUGGGGGACAGUGUGACGCGAUUUGUGCAGCAUGACACAAGUGGCUACCCCUGCGUCAUUAAUGAGCUCUGAGAUGAUGUUCCAGCCAGAGUCGGACCAGAUUCAUCAAGACGAACCCAAGUCGCCGCCCCUCGACUUGAUUGACACUGGAAAAGGGUUAAAGGUCCAGACGGCCGCUCCUCAUCUGGUCAGUCUGGGCAGUGGGAGACUCAGUAUUGCCAUCACUGUGCUGCCACUAAAAGAAGGGGUGACACGUAUAGGGAGGGACGACGCCCCCAUUCCGCAAGACAUCACCAUCGAGGGACCUGGGAUUGAAGCGGAACACUGUCUUAUCUUUAAUGAAGGAGGAGUUGUGACAUUAGACCCAUGUGGCCACCUCUGCAGCCUGGACGGCGUGCAAGUCACUGUCCCGACGCCGCUCACGCAGGGUUACUCUCUGUGUCUGGGCAAAUCCUACUUCUUCCGGUUCAACCAUCCUGAAGAGGCGUCGCGGAUGAAAAGCAUGCUUCCACAAAAGAGCCCCGUGUCGGCGUUGGCCUAUAACACAGACUAUCUGAAGUUCAGCAGUGACUACAGCCAUGGAGUUGUGGGAGGGGCCAACAGCGCCCGGGGCAUGCGCUCGGCGUCUGAACUCCGUGAGCUGAUGGAUACACUUCAGCGCAAGAAGAUCGCCCUCGAAAACAGUCUCCGGGCAAAUGGGAACGCCAACCCCUCGUACUUCAGCGUCACACAGUCUCCGCCCACUACGCCUGUCGCCACGCCUCCCUCCUCCUCAUCAGCCUAUCAGGAGCAAGCACGGCGCAUCUACGGCUCGGACCGCCCUCCCAUUUCGAUUAAAACCGUUACUUCUCUCUCCUCCGGGCGCCGAUCUGACCCAUCGUCCUCGUCGAGACCGUCCAGUCGUAACCAGGACAACCUCCUCUUCGGUGUGAGCGACUCCCGCCGGCAUUACAAUCAAAAUUCCUCGCUUUUUUCGACCUGGAACGGAGGCGGGUCUUCGAAUUCUGUUGCCGGGGGCGACACUCUCCUCCUCACUCUCCCUCCGACGUCAUCUCGUACCUCGUCAUCGGGCGGCGCAGUGAGCAUGCCGUCCAGCCCUCGACUCGGAAGGCGCAGUUUUGGGAGUCAAGAACCGACUCCUACACCUCGAACCAGGAAGUACUCCGCCGGUUCGAUGAGUAAUAUCGUGACGGGAGGACACAGCCGAUCCUUGCCCCGCCUUUGCCCCUCCCCAUCACCGCGAGAAAACGGCAAUGGGAUGUUGACGCUGUCUACCCUGCCGACUCGACGAUCCGAUACGACUGGAAGUUACAAAUACGGCAGAGAUCACUACAACAAUAACGUUAAUUCGAAUCUAGACUUGAACCACAAUUCCGGUCAGCUGUCGUCGGGCAGGAAUCAAAAUCAGAGCACAAUUUUGGGGGAGGGUGUUGUGUCUAUUUCUCUGUCUACUCCCAAAACAUCCACAAGCACGCCCAGUUCGCCGACUACUGCCCCGCCGGAUGUGACUAUCCCGUCUCGAUCUGGGGGGUCGAAUUCUCCCCGUGUGGCCAAAAAGCUAAGCCUGACUUCCACAAGCUCCGUAGGAUCAACAAACUCUAGUCCCUCGGAUCAGGAAAGAGGCGUCGGCAACGGGAACGAUUCUGGUCUAGCCGAGCGGGACAGACGUGGGGUCGGUACGGACUAUGCGAGCCCCGGUUUUGGUGGGAUAGGCGAGCGGACUGCGUCUUUUGGGAAGGCGGGGAUAGAGCAGGGAAUGGGGUUUGGAGAGAGGAGGCAGUCGUUUGGAAAAGCAGGGAUUGGAGCUCCAGGUGGAUUCAGGGAACGGAGGGGAAGCAUCAGCUCAUUGAGUGGUAAAGAGGAGCUGACGGAUUAUCACCAACGGCAGAAAGAGGAAAGACUUCGAGAACAAGAGGUGGAAAGAUUGGAGCGACAGCGGCUGGAGACCAUUUUGUCCCUGUGCACGGAGCUCGGACGCUCUGAGGAAACUGGAACGAGUCCCACUUCUGCUGUGGCCGACCUGCAGAAAAUCAACCAGGAACUCGAGAAACUCCAGCUGAACGAUGAUGACGACGACACGCCUUCGGUUUUCUCCGACUCUUCGGCUGUUAAUGGAAUUAUGGGGAACGGUCACAUGACCUCACCUGGCUCAGAGAACGGUUUCUAUGACGACGACGCCCCGGUACGACAGCGGCACAGCAGCGGGACCCGGGAUAACAGGGCCGAGUCUCCGGCUGUCAGUCUGCGCGGCUUUGCUCCGUCCCCAUCGCCGCGAGGACAGAGGAACAGCGAGGGCGUGGACACUUUUCACCGCAGAGGACAGAAUCAGCUUUCGUCCGAUGGAGAAGUCCGACGCGUGGAGGAAGAGAGGAUCCAAGUCUUGAAUAAUAUGGAAGAGCUGGAGCAGAAGAUAAAAGAGCUGGACAAUCAAAUCGAGGAAUCUGCCAGAGAGGUGGAGGUGGAACGAGCCCUGGUGGAGGCAGAACAAGAGUCCGAAGUCGCUGCUCUUCAACAGGAAAAAGACGCUCUUGAAUCACUCCACAGCAAAAUGGCCGACCUAGAGAACAAAUCAAAACAAGAGAAAGACAAGGCCUGUGAGUUGCUGCAGGCAGAAAAGGGCAGAGUAGAGAGGUUGGCUCAGAUUGUGUGUGAGCAGCGCUCCCAACUGGACAGCUGCCCUGAAGCCACCAAGGAGCCCCUGCAGGAGCAGCUAGCCAGGGACUGUGAGGUGUUGGACGCGGAGACGAAGCGUUUUGAGGACCUGGAGUUUCAGCAGCUGGAGAAGGAGAGCCGACUGGACGAGGAAAAAGAGCUACAGACUCAGGAACUUCUUCGGGAAAUCGCAGACUAUCAACGGAGCACUGUCACUCGAAAGGAGCGACUGUUGACUCUGAAGAAGCAGGCAACACAAAUCACUCAGCAGGCUCAGAGAGAGAAGGACAGCUUCCUGAAAGAGCGCACGAACCUGGAGGCGAUGCUACAGAGGGAAAAAGAAAACCUUGCCGUACUGGAACGAAAGUACGCUGAUCUGACCGGUGGCAGAAGCUUCACUUUUAGAGAGCAGUUCCGUUUGCUGGAGGAGAGGAAAAGGUUUGAAAAGGACGGCGGAUCUCACCUCAGUGACACUUUACCCAGGAAGAAAACGACAGCAGCUGUGAGUCCCCAGUUCACGUGUGCGACGCUGGGGAGGAACUUUCACACGAAGUCCCAUCAGCCUUUGGUGCAGAGUACAAGCUGCGGCAGCAUUUUACCCAGAAUCCUCUCCUUAUCCAGCAAAGAAAAUGAACCUCGUCGCCUACACAAAGGUCAACCUGGCUCCAGAGCUGCUUCUCAGACAAACGUCUACCUCGAUAGCUUUGGUUAUCACGACCAGGCCUUUGACACAAUGAGCGUGGACAGUACGGACUCCAUAGAAACCAGUAUCUCCGCGUGUUCUCCGGACAAUGUCUCCAGCGCCAGUACGUCAAACAUGGCCAAACUGGAGGAGAUGGAGCGAAUGCUGAGAGAGGCGCAGGCUGAGAAGAAUCGUCUCCUAGAACAUAAGGAGCGAGAAAUGGAAAUUCGAAAGCAGGCGCUGGACGAGGAGCGGAGGAGGAGGGAGGAGCUGGAGAAAAGGCUUCAGGAGGAGACCAGCCGACGACAGAAACUCAUCGACCGAGAAGUGAAGCUCCGAGAGAAGCAGAGAGCACAGUCUCGGCCUCUGACUCGGUACCUGCCUGUGCGAAAGGACGACUUCGACCUGCGUUCACACAUCGAGUCUGCAGGACAUCACGCUGACACCUGCUUCCACUUGUCGCUGUCGGAGAAAACCUGCCGGGGUUACCUGAUCAAGAUGGGAGGCAAGAUCAAAACAUGGAAGAAACGCUGGUUUGUGUUUGACCGCAACCGCCGCACCCUCUCCUACUAUUCAGAUAAACAUGAAGCUAAGCUAAAGGGUGUCAUUUACUUUCAAGCGAUUGAAGAAGUUUAUUACGACCACUUAAAGAAUGCACAUAAGAGCCCAAACCCAUCGCUCACCUUCAGCGUAAAGACUCAUGACAGAGUGUACUACAUGGUGGCGCCGUCUCCGGAGGCGAUGAGGAUCUGGAUGGACGUGAUCGUCACUGGAGCUGAAGGCUACACACAGUUUAUGGUCUGAACAAGUGCUACUGAAGUACUGGACAAGACAUUUAUGAUUUUUAUUUAAAACACGAUGACUAAUGUAAUGAGAAUAAUGGAGCUCAGCAGUGACAGUUCAGGUUCUGGAAGUCAAAUUUCCAUUCAUUUUUCUCAUAGACUACGCUACAGCUACGAGCUAACCAUGGAUCUAUUAAAAUAACUAACCAGCCACAUGCUAAUACUGGAUCCAUUAAAAUAACGAAUCAGCUUUGUGCUAACCAGCUACGAGCUAACCAUGGAUCUAUUAAAAUAACUAACCAGCUACACGCUAACCAGCCACAUGCUAAUACUGGAUCCAUUAAAAUAACUAUCCAGCUACAUGCUAAUACUGAUCCAUUAAAAUAACUAAUCAGCUUUGUGCUAACCAGCUACGAGCUAACCAUGGAUCUAUUAAAAUAACUAACCAGCUAAAAUAACUAAUCAGCUAUGUGCUAACCAGCUACGAGCUAACCAUCGAUCUAUUAAAAUAACUAACCAGCUACAUGCUAACCAGCUACAUGCUAAUACUGAUCCAUUAAAAUAACUAAUCAGCUUUGUGCUAACCAGCUACGAGCUAACCAUCGAUCUAUUAAAAUAACUAACCAGCUACAUGCUAACCAGCUACAUGCUAAUACUGGAUCUAUUAAAAUAACUAAUCAGCUUUGUGCUAACCAGCUACGAGCUAACUAUCGAUCUAUUAAAAUAACUAACCAGCUGCGCGCUAACCAUGGAUCUAUUAAAGUAGUUAACUAGUUACGAGCCACGCGCUAACCAUGCAUCCAUUAUCUUCCGCUUAUCCGGGGCCGGGUCGCGGGGGCAGCAGUCUAAGCAGGGGCUCCCAGACUUCCUUCACCCCAGACACAUCCACCCUGCGGAGGAAACCUAUUUUGGCCGCUUGUAUCUGCGAUCUUGUCCUUUCGGUCAUUACUCAGAGCAGAGGGGCUAACCAGUCACGCGCUAAAAAUGGAUCUAUUAAAAUAACUACUCAGCUAUGCGCUAACCAUGGAGCUAUUAAAAUAACUAACCAGUUGCCAGCUACUAGCCAGCUAUGUGUUAACCAUGGAUCUAUUAAAGUAGCUAACCAGUUACUAGCUACGUGCUAACCAGCCACGCGCUAAACAUGGAGCUAUUAAAAUAAACAAUCAGUUACGAGCUACUAACCAGCCAUGCCCAAACUAUGGAUUUAUUAAAGUAGCUAACCAAUUACCAGCUACUAACCAGCUGUAUGCUAACAAAUUUUCGUAACGUGGUUGUUUUAAUUCCAAAUAGGCUGUUUAAAAUGCAAGAUUCAGCUAAAUGUUUUAAUAACUUUGCCGUUUAUAGUUUCAGAAACAGACUUUAAAUAAAAUAAUAGGUCUUGUCAUCAUAGUUAUUAUUAUUAUUAUUAUUAUUAUUAGUUUAUUAAUAGGGACAAUGUGACAAUAGUUGUUACCACAAAGCGGAUUAUUUUUAUUUUUUUUAUUUAUUUAUUUUUUUGUAAAGUCUAUGAGAAAAAUGUGACGUUUAUUUCCAAAACCUCGCGGUCGCUGUUGAGCUCCACAAUGAACUAGUUCUUCAGUUUUGAAGCGCUGACGACUUCAGUCAUCUUGGAGAAAUGAUGAUGUAAUUUCAGUGGAUCGUUUAGGUUAAUUUAAACGGCUUGUGCCUUAAGGUUAUCAGAGCAUUUAAAUCAAGUAUUAUCCAUUACUGUAAAAACUUGUAUUUGUUUAUUUCAAAUAUUAACCAGUUUUACAAGCCGUCACUUUGAUUAAUCAUGUGUUUGUGAUUAAUCAAACGUGUCUUUUGUCCAUAUGUGUCUAUAACUAUCCAAGUGGACUAUUCUGUUUAUAGAUUAAUCUGCUGCUUUACGUUGUGGUAUUAUGUACAACUUUUUAACUUUAUUUUAACUUAAUGGUGCUAGCUUGUUCAAACACGUACGCUUCAGGAGAGCCUCCCACCUUAUGAUGUCACACAGUGCAGUGAGUCAUUAUAGGGCUGGAUUUGGAUGAGCUUUAUCACUUUUACACAUUUCUUUUUCACUUUAACGCAGCACUGUUCACUAUUCUUCACAGGUCGGUGUUAAAAUAUGCAACUGUAUAAACACAUACAUAGGGCUGGGUACAGUGUGAUAUUUUUCGAUACCAGAACCUUAACGAUUCUUGCUUUUCGAUGCUGGUUCUUGGAUGUCUUUUUCCAGCACCUGUAUUUUUUGGAUUUUGGCCAAUAUUAUAAAAAAAAAAAAAAACACUUUUCAAUCCUUCAGUUACGUUAUAACUAUGUUCAUUCAUGUUUUAAAGCCUAUAUGACAUUCAGUUAUAUCUCCAAACAAAUGCGCAUCAAGUGAACCAGAGCGCACAGCUGAUCCUCACGUGGACUCACUUACAUUUCACUUUUUUGUUUCUGCCUGUACUGCAUUUUAAGUCUUUGUUUUGAUAAAUUACUCUACUCUUUUACUGCACGGUUACCUGGGUAGAGGAGGCGGAUGAUGGCGAGCUUUACGCGCACUCGUUUGGAUGCAUCUUUACGCACACUCGCUCCACACUGGACGUUUACUACACCAUAUUUAUUUAAGAAUCACGCUGUUACUGGAACAGAGGAAGCGGGGAUGUUGGUGGAGUUUUGAUUCAUGUUGUCUUUUUGGCUCCAUAACUACCCGGACUCGUUUGACUGCAUCUUUACGCGCACUCGUUUGGAUGCAUCUUUACGCAUGUGCGCCCCACACGUGACGCAUGUGCGUAAAGAUGCAUCAUUUAUUUGUGAAUCACGCUGUUACUGGAACUGAAGAAGGGGAGAUUUUGGUGGAGUUUUGGUUCAUAUUAUGUUUUUGGCUCCAUAUUUACCCGGACUCUCUUGGAUGCAUCUUUACGCGCACUCGUUUGGAUGCAUCUUUACGCACGCACACUCGCUCCACACUGGACGUUUACUACGCCACAUUUAUUUUUGAAUUACGCUUUUACAGGAAACAGAGGAAGAGAGGAUUUUGGUGGAGUUUUGGUUCAUAUUCAUCUUUUGGACUCCAUAACUACCCGGACUCGUUUGACUGCAUCUUUACGCACACGCGCUCCACACUGGACGUUUACUACACCACAUUUAUUGGUGAAUUACGCUGUUACUGAGGCCGGGGAGGAGGCGCUUUGGUUCAUAUUAUCUGUUAAAACGUGAGUGCUGUUUGGGCAGAGACCAGUCGUGCACCUUGACGCGGGCAUUUCAAACCAAGGAAGCGAAAGUUGGCACCGAACGAACGUGAGUUUUUUGGUGCUGGUACUUGGACCCGAGUUUGCGUGCCCAGCCCUACAGUCAUUGGUUUAUUGGUGGUUUAUUGAUGGUUUAUUGAUGGUUUAUUGGUGGUUUAUUGUUAGAGAGUGGACAAAUGGUACACAGACUUAGUAUUUUGAGGUGCUACAUUUCAUUGCUUUGCCUUGGCCGACACUAAACACUGCAGAAGUGCCUUAAAGUGACUUGCAAUAAUUUCUUUGUAGCAGUUAUUUGCAUUACACUAAACUGUUGACCAAAGUUUUCUAUUUUCUGUACAUUUUGUUAUUUCACAUCUGAGCAUUACAUGUGUUGUUUGUAUACAUUUUAGAUGAGAAUAUAAUGGGAUUUUUCAAAAAAGGACGAUGCAGUGACAUUUGGCGAAGGCUUUACUUUGUUAUAGUCUAUUCAUACUUUUUACUUUAU